GGCCCCGGACUUUUCUUUUCCGCUCGUCUCUCAGUCGCGGUGGGAGCGUGGAUUUCAUCACCUAAGCUCACAAAAGCACCAAAAUGAGCGUCCCUGCGUUUAUUGACAUUACAGAAGAAGAUCAGGCCUCUGAACUGAGAGCUUACAUCAAGGCCAAAGGAGCAGACAUCUCUGAAGAGAACUCUGAAGGUGGGCUCCACGUAGAUCUUGCUCAGAUUAUUGAAGCAUGUGAUGUCUGCCUCAAGGAUGAUGACAAAGAUGUGGAGAGUGUCAUGAAUAGCAUUGUGUCCUUGCUGUUGAUCCUGGAGACGGAGAAGCAGGAAGCUCUCAUUGAGAGUCUCUGUGAGAAACUGGUGAAGUUCCGUGAAGGAGAGAGACCCUCCCUGAGGAUGCAGCUUCUAAGUAACCUGUUUCACGGUAUGGAUGAGAACACCCCAGUGAGGUACACAGUCUUUUGUAGCCUCAUUAAAGUGGCUGCGACGUGCAAUGCCAUUGCAUUUAUUCCCACAGACCUUGAUCAGGUGCGCAAAUGGAUUAUUGACUGGAACUUGAACACAGAGAAGAAGCACACACUCUUACGGCUGGUGUAUGAAGCACUCGUUGACUGCAAAAAAAGUGAGGCUGCAGCUAAAGUUAUGGUUGAGUUGCUGGGAAGUUACACAGAAGACAAUGCUUCACAAGCACGUGUUGAUGCUCACAGAUGUAUUGUACGUGCACUCAAAGACCCCAACACUUACCUUUUUGACCACCUCCUCACAUUGAAACCUGUGCGCUUCCUGGAAGGUGAACUUAUUCAUGAUCUGUUAACCAUUUUUGUAAGUGCUAAACUGGCAGCUUACAUCAAGUUUUACCAGAGUAACAAAGACUUCAUUGAAUCUCUGGGACUGUCCCAUGAGCAAAACAUGGCCAAGAUGCGUCUGCUCACUUUUAUGGGCAUGGCUGCAGAAUUCAAAGAGAUACCGUUUGACACCAUGCAACAGGAACUGCAGAUUGGGGCUGAUGAUGUUGAAGCAUUUGUCAUUGAUGCUGUUCGGACCAAGAUGGUUUAUUGCAAAAUUGAUCAAACACAACGCAAAGUUGUUGUGAGCCACAGCACACAUCGCACCUUUGGCAAACAGCAGUGGCAGCAGCUGUAUGACAGUUUAUCCUCCUGGAAGGGUAAUCUUGCAACCGUGAAAACCAGUCUACAAGGCUUGUCUCCCUCUGCCUAAUUUACAAUGUUACAGAGAAAAGAAACUACAGAAGAAAUUCAUCCCACAUCUGCUUUCUGACUGAUUGAGCAGGUUUUUAUAUUAU